CACAGCCUUACACAGCCAUCCACAUCUUACACCAUCGCGUCUUCCGAUAGACAACUACCGACGUUCCAUCGCGAGGUCAAUGGCCGGGACAGCAAAAUGAAGAAGACGUUGAUACUCUGCUUCAUCCACGGCUUCAAGGGCGGCGAAGACACGUUUGGCCACGACUAUCAGUUCACCAAGCACCUUCGGGACCUGGUUGCCCAUGCACUGCCCAAAUUAGAUGUUCGUGUGCUCGUGUAUCCAAAGUAUGAGACUCGCGGGGAUCUUGGAGAUUGCGUGAGCCGCUUCCGCGACUGGCUGCAGGAUAAGGUCAUCGACUUGGAGGUCGCGGCUGGGACGCCGUCGCCAACCAUCGAGCCGUCGGUGCGCACAAUCCUCAUCGGCCACUCGAUGGGCGGCAUCGUCGCCGCCGAGAUGCUCAUCGGACUGGCCUCAGAGAAGCCCAUCUACUCCGAGGACGGCAUCCAAAAGCCCGACUCGCCGUCGUUCAAUGCCCUCAUGUUCCCGUACAUCCAGGGCGUGCUCGCCUUUGACACGCCGUACCUGGGCAUCUCACCCGGCGUCGUGGCGCACGGCGCCGAGGGCCAGUACCAGCAAGCCAGCAGCACCAUCUCGCAGCUCAGCGGCCUCGGGGCCUCCCUCUGGGGCGCCAACAAGGCCGCGCAGUCCACGGCGCCCGCAAAGACCACGGCCGGCGCGCUGCCGGCCCCGGAGCAGCCCGCCGGCAGCCCGUGGCAGAAAUGGGGCAAAAUGGCCAUGUACGCCGGAGCUGCCGGGGCCGUAGCGGCGGGCGGCGCGGCGGCGUGGGUGAACCGCGACCACAUUGGUGAGGGAUGGAUGUGGGCGACGUCGCACCUCGAGUUUGUCGGGUCCCUUGCCCGUCCAGAGGAGCUGAAGAAGCGAGUCAGCUUCCUCAUGCAGCUGCAAGAGGAGCUCGACGUCGGCUUCGCAAACCUCUACACACGGCUAGGCAAAGCGGCGCCUUCCAAGCAAGUGAGUAUGGUCGGGACGGUGCUUGGAUCAGAUCGCACGUUUUGCAACCUACCCAAGAGGCAGGUGGCGGGUGUGUGGAGGGAGGCUGUCAACGACAAGGCCACGGACGAGACGCAUGCACACAUGAGCAUGUUUACGCCACAGGAGAACCCUGGAUAUAAGACACUAUCGCAGGAUGCCGCGGGGUUGAUUGCGGGGUGGUUGCAGAACGGUUGGUAUGAGACCAGUGUCGAGGAUCGGCCCUUGUUAGAAGAGGUCGCUGCGACUUGAGGCCGCUGGGUGCUUAGUUUGGAAGGAUCGCGAUGUCUAGAACAUGAGGCAAAGUUCUCGGU